CUGUGGUUGAAAGUUGAAACUGAAGGGGAGAGAGAGGGGGAGAGAGUGGACUGACUGAGUGCGACUGCGACAGAGCGGCGAGACACGAAUAAUCAAAUCCAUCAAUGGAUCAAUCCAACCAUCAACAAUUUUGCACGAUUGAUCAUUGAUUUCCUUCGAUUCUCUCCUCCCUCAAUCAACAAACAAACAAACCAUCAUAUAUUUUUCAGUUAACAGAGGACGAAAAUAGUGGGGAAAAUACACAUAACCUCUUUAAAUAGCUUCUCUGCCUGCCUCCCUCCCUCCGUUCCUUCCUUCACCUUUAGCCUUUGUUCUUUUGCUUUUUCGCUUUUGGCAGGCCAACUCCAAGGCCAGGGCUGACUGACUGUUUGAUCCAUUGAUUUUAUUACUAUAACUAAACUAAUUCAUUCAGCCUUAUUUGAUCCUCCAUAUUUUCUCCUGCGAAAUUCAGAAUCCGUCUUGUCGGUCCUCGAUUUAACAAGGAGGAGCGGGCCAAUAGGCAUGGCGGAAUCUGCUAAGUUGAAUUUAGAUUGCGGCAAGGUCGAAGACGACAACGUCGGAGAAGGCGUGGAGGAGGAAGGCUUCGGAAGGUCCUCCGCCGUCCUCGCUGGCCUGAACCUCGCCGUCAUACUCUCAUCCCUAUCCAUUUCCGACGAAGAGUGCCAGAAUUUGGAAGACAGAAUCGAGAAGAGAAAAAUUAGCAAUGGCAGACAUAGAGCUGGAGGAGCUACAGGCGAAAGCAUCAACAAUAAGACUAACAUUCGGACGAGAUCUAGAUCGAGAAGGCGAGAGGUGAAUGAAAUUCGAGCAGCAGGGAGGCAGACGGCAAACACAACAACAAAAAUAAGGGAUUGCAGGCAUGGCAGGAAAAUGUGAGCUAGGCAAGGCAAUAGAGAAAUAGUGAAUAGAGACGAACCAGGCAGAGAGGGAUACUUGGUUGAUUUCUCUCUUUGUUGUUGUUGUUGUUGCAUCUGCAGCAGAAGAAGAGCAGCUCCUUCUGUUCAUGUAUGUAUUAUUUGUAAAAUGGUUAUGACUGACUGCUGUAUAGACAUAGAUAGUUGCAG